AUGCGUGUCUAUCACGCACGAAAAGACCUGCUUAGCACCCCUUCGCCCUGUGGCUGUCUGGAGUUGCGCUCCAACGACCGCGGUGCCCACUAUGAUGUCUGCCGCUGGGCCCUGCUCACUGGCCUAGACCUCCUGCUGCAGGGCUCCGCCGUGGUCAAGCCGGCCAAGGGAGGAGUCAAGCGGAAGUGGAUUCCCGACAAUGACCCCUUUCCCAAUGACGAUCGGGACAACUACAACCGCAGUGAUAACAGCGAUGAGGACGAUGACGACGACAAAAGGCCGGACAAGAGGUCUCGAAAAAUCGCCCAAGUCGGACAGGAUCCCGAAGGUCAAGCCCUUGCCCUUGCCACCAAUCAAGAACAAUUCUCCGUUAUCAUCGGCUCUGUCGUCGUCGGCUCCGGCCCCGUUCCUCAAAUUGAGUCUUUCGAGUACGAAACCCUCAUGGAGGAGAUCCCGCCAUUCCCCGGGCUCGCAGUUUCCGCUGAUCUCGUUCUUGCUAUCCGGUUCGCCGACAUUCUUGCCGUCGCCAUUGCCCUUGCCGCUACCCUUUUCGCCACCGCUCGAGGACGUAGGCGAAGUGAAAACGAAAGCAAAAAUGACAACGGUGUCGUCCUGGAGUGGCUGUUCAUACUCUCGGCCAUGCACCCCUAG